AGGAGAGACCUGAUCCACAACCCAACCCUCUUACCCAACGUGUUCACAAAGCAGAAACACUUUGGACUGCAGAGUUCAUGCAUGGAGGAGAUCCUACUUAGGCCUCUAAGGACAGACUUUGUGAUCGUUCUUUAAGGGGGUUCAUAUCAGUGCAAGGGUUUGCAAUAGUGCAUUGAAUAAGGUAAACCACUGGAACACAGAAAUGAGGGAAGAGGAAAAUGAGGAGAAGAAAGAAGGUAGGAAAGCAAGGCUGGUUCAACUGGGACGAAAUGGAGCUGAGAAAAUGCUUGGUAACGUCAAUGGACUGGUGCAGACUGUCCGGAACAAACAUGCCCAUCACAGUCCAACAGAGGAUCAUGAGAUAUUGUUAAAAGAUGAGAUGGAGUUUCAUCAAGCUGCAAAGAAAAACGAUGUGGAAACAAUGACCUCACUCAAAUUAAAAAGAGUGAAUAUCAAUGCUAAAAAUGUGCUUGAUCGGACCGCCUUACAUUUUGCGGUGGCAGGAAAAAAUUAUCAAGCCAUAUCUUAUCUUCUCAACCAUAAGGCGCGAGUUGAUAUUGUGGAUAAGUACGGGCUGACUGUCCUCCACCUGGCCGCAUGGUCAGCAGACCUAACAGUUGUGCAGAUGCUGAUCAAAGCAGGAGCAAGUCAGAAAUCCACAAAUCAGGAUGGAAUGAAUGUUCUUCAUUUUGCUGCUCAGAAUGAUAAGAAUGAUAUAGUAGAUUAUCUGCUGAAAGACCUGCAGUUGAAAGACUUAAACAUCACGGAUGAGAAAGGCAGAGAACCGUUUCAUCUAGCGGCUGAGAGUGGACACAUUAAUAUGAUCAAUAAUCUACUUUCUAUGGGAUUAUUCACAUCUAAGGAAGACAAGGAAGGUAACACAGCGCUACAUCUGGCUGCUGCUAAUGGUCAUGAUACAGUUAUGAGGGUUCUGUUGGAGCAUUUUCAAGAAAAGGAUAACCCAAAUAAGAAAGGUGCCACACCAUUUUAUUUGGCUGUAGAAGGAGGAUAUGAAGCUUGUGCUGAUCUAUUAUUGCAAGAUGGAAGCGAUAUCAACACUAUGAACCUGGAAGGAUACACGGCGUUACAUGUAUCCACAGAGAAGGGUUACUUAUCCCUGGUCAACUUCCUCCUUAAAAACAACUUCGAUUUCACACCAAACCCAAAUGAUAAGAAUACCCCCAUCCAUUUAGCCAUUCUUAAUAAUCAUAUGGAUAUAGUUGAUGCUCUGAUGGAAGCUGGCUAUGAGAUUAAUGCAAUCAAUGUGAGGCGGCAGACUCCUUUGCAUUUAGCAUCUGAGCUCAAAAACACUAAUUUGGUGGAAAAACUUCUUAAAAACGGCUGUGACCUUAGGAUUGCAGAUAAGCAAGGUAAGACAGCACUUGAUGCAGCAGCGAGAAGCAAUCACACCCUCAUUGCAGAUAUGAUCAUCAAAGCUGAAAGACAUUACAUGUGGAUUGAGAGUCUUAAAGAAGAUGACCAACAAGAGGAGCCUCUGACAUUUAAACAAGAUCACUCAUCAAAGACCAGUCAGAUCCGCUCUGCUCUCUGGAAUUUAGCGUACCAGCAACUGAAGCCUGAUGAAUGGAAGAAGCUGGCUCAGUUUUGGAAUUUCUCGGAACAGCAGAUUAAAGCCAUUGAGAUGCAGUGGACAGAUAAAUUCAGCUACAAGGAGCAUGGUCACCGCAUGCUACUCAUAUGGCUGCAUGGCAUCUUAUUAAAAAAACUGAAUCCAAUAAAGUCUUUAUAUGAAGAUCUGGUAGUGUUGGGGCAUCACCAAAUGGCAGAAAACUUCAGAGUACAGAGCAGCGAUGGUGUGCAGCCCAAGAAGUGCACAAUUUCCUAACACUGGGUGAAACUGAAAAAACUAUGGAAAAUAAAGACUGCACCAAAGCAAUGACAUCACAUGGUCACCAGACAUUGGUCCUUGCACAAACACUGAUCAGCCAUGAAGUAAAACCACCUGCCAAAUAAUGUAUAGGCCACAAAAAGAAGUCUGAGACCCAUUAAGGCACGGACUCCACAACUAAAGGUGUCCUGUGAUAAGCAACAAGACAGAAGUACAUCCUUAAAGUCUCCUAAACUUUGAGGUGUGAUCUCCAUGGAUCAGACUCAUUUUUCCAGCACAUCCCACAGAAGAUCAAUCGGAAUGAGAUAUGGAGAUUUUGCAACACCUUGAACUCUUUGCCAUGUUCUCCCAAAACCAUUCCUGAACAGUUUUUGCAGUGUGGCAGAACACAAUAUCCUGCUGGGUGAGGACUUCCACUGGGUGAGGACUUCCAUUAAGGAUUACCACUGCCAUGAAGGAUGGCACUUUGUCUGUAACAUUCUUUAGGAUGAUGACACGUGUCACAUACACAAGACCCAUCAGAAAAUUCCCCAGAGCAUCACCCCCCCCCCCCCCCCACCAGUAAGCCUCUUUCCCAUAGUGCAUCCUUGUGCUAUCUUUUUCCAGGUAAGCGACACACAUGCACCUGGCCGUCCACAUGAUGUAAAAAAUAUAUUUCAUCGGAGUAGCACGCAUUCUUUCAUUGCUCCAUGUUUAAGUUCUGAUUAUCACAGGCCCCUUGUAGAUGUUUUCAGAUGGUGUGCAACUGUGCACCAAACUGCAAUGCACUGUUUGUACUUACAUCUAGUCUAUGAUUGCCACCAUUAAGGUGAUCCUACGGUCCAAAAAAAUAUAUAUUCACAUUAACUAGGGAACGAACAUAAUUCUCACACAGUGCCCUCCUUCUCAUCUGCCAAAUUCUGGGCUCCUCUCCUGCCAUCCAAGAUGUCCACAAAGCUUCUCAUACUACCUGAUGCACACUGUGCAUUUGGUAGUCAAAGAUACUUCCUGCUUGGCCAGCACAGAUCACGUGCUCUUUUAUGGCAAGCAUUCACUCCUUACAUGUCACAGGCGUCCAUGACUGGUAGUCCUUCUUUGAAUCACUUUUGGUAGGUACUCACCACUGCAUUCCAGGAAUACCCCAUUACCCCUGCCAUUUUGGAGGUGCUCUGCACCAGUUAUCCAACAUCUGCUGAGAUCUUACGGUUGCGCAAUUUUACUGCUUCCAACACAUCAACUUCAAGAACUGACCGCACUCGCUGCCUACUAUAUCUCACCCUUUGAUAGGUGCCAUGGUUCCAGGAAUGUUACUCUCUUCAUCUGUUAUGGCUGAUCAGUGUACACAUGAUGAGUACAAGAACAUGAACACACAUCAGACCUCACAUCUUAUUAAUGUCUCACACAUUCCCUAUGUCUAUGAUCCUGCCCCCUGUAGUGCGCUUGUAUAUGUGCGAAGCCAUAUGCCUUAUCUGGAUAAUGAAUAAAUUACAUUGGCUUAAAACUUGUAUUAAAGGGCAUCUGUCAGCAGAUUUGGGUCUAUGAAACUGGCUGACCUGUUACAUGUCCCUAACGUGAGGAAAUUUGGCUUCUACCUCACAGGGCUUUUUUGCCUUCCUCUGGAUCAACAGGCUGAACUGGAUGGACAGAUGUCUUUUUUCAGCCUUAUAAACUAUGUUACAUGUGCAUUUGGCAGGUGAAGACA